UGCUGCCUGGACCGCAGGCGCUUUUGAAUACUAGGUCGACGCGUUUGGGCCAAAAUUCUCAACAGGAAUAUUCAGAAUUUUCUUCCUUUAAAGAAAAAUAGUGCAAACAAAUUAAUAAAAUGUUCCAAAGAACCUGGAGAUUUUAGAUUUUUUCCUCUUACUUGGAUUUUUAUUUAAUUUCUAGUGUUUAGAAAAUCAUUUUAUUUUGAAAAAUAGACAUUUUUUUAAAAUGAAAAAAAUAUGUUAAUUAAAAUCCACCAUGUGGGUUAAUAGAAAUUGUUUUCUACAAUGUUUAGCAUGAUUUUUCAUAUUUUCAUAUUUGGUUCAUAGUCAUUGUGUGGUGAAAGAGAAAAAAAAGGCGAACACAGUUGGUUAAAGGAGGAGGAGGAAAGAAGAUAAAAAGAGAAUGAGGUGGUGAAAACGUGGGUGGCAAAAAAAAAGGAAGUGAAAAGAGGCGGUAAUGAUCGUGACGACGGUCGUGUGGACAAAUGAACACCUCGGCACAGCGUUUGGUAUAUUCCAAAGAUGUGAGGAAUGAUCACGUGGGUUAUGGUCGGGCUGCUCCUAGCUGCGGAAACAACGUGCGGCAGAAACGACGUCUCCGAAAAUGGAAACGGAAAAGACGAAACGAAGCAGAAAAGCGGCCUGAAAGUGACUGCUGCUGACGAGGAAGAUACCUAUCGUCUAACGUGCUACACUUGCGUCAACGUCAGCGAUAACCAGAUGUGUAACGAAUGGGCGAUAGACACUCCUUGUCCGACGGGUGGCAGAGAUUUCUGCCGAUCUCUACACAUCUUAGAUAGUCUCGGAAACAGCGUGUUGGUGAGCAAAAGUUGUGCGAGCAGCGCCGAGUGCGGUCCAGCAUCAGUUGGCUGUAUACCCGUCGAUACGCAGAGGAUUUGCAUCAGCUGUUGUGACCUAAGCUACUGUAAUGUUGAUUCACCAACGAAUUCAACCAAUGCAAUUUUUUCACGUAAACGACGCACGAAAUCAAAGGCCAAACGGAAGCGACCCGGCAAAAAUGGGGUCGAGUGCCUCAGUCGAUUUUCCAGCAGCUUCCUCUGGCUCGUCGUCACACUCCUCUAUGCAUAUCAUUGCUGAAGAAGCAACUAAAAACAACGUCACUCAAUGGUGUACACACCGAAUCUGGAAAAUUCAUUAGACAAAAUAACCAAAAAAGUUGUGAAAUUUGAAAAAUCAGAGAAAACAUAUUCCCCCAAAAAACAUAUUGUAUAUCCACACAUCCAAACUUAAUUACCGAUUUAAAAAAAACAAAAAAAUUAUGUGAACUUACUUGAACGUCUUAGGUACUAUUUAUUUAAUUAAAAUUUUUCUUGUGGAUAUCAAAUUGAGACAAAAAACGUAUCAAAAUGUUGUUUCGCAACUAUUUUUUUACGUUUUUUGUCUCAAUUUGAUAUCCACAAGAAAAACUGUAAAUCAGGGAAUUAAUUUUUUUGUGGCAACCCUGUUUUAACUUCUUUUAUUUUUAACUUUCCAUCUUUUUUCCCCCCCUUGAAACAAUGUAGUGUUAGUGUGACAAUACUCUAGAACUAAAUUUUUCCUCUCGUUAAUUCAUAUAGGAUUUUUGAUCGAAAAAAAGCAUUAAAAAACAAAUGGGCUAUUUCUUUUCUUGGCACAUCGUCAGAAAUUUUCUCUUAUAUCUUUUAACACGGAGAAAAAAAAAGGAAAAAAAAGAAUAAUAAAAUUGAGUGAACUUGCUGUAUAUAUAAGUACAUACAUAUAUUACAAUGUUCUUUAUAAUAAAAAAAAGAAGAAGAAGAAGAAGAAGACUUACGAUUUAUAUACGUAAAGAAUUUCGAUUUCAACUAUAGUAAAAAUCUCUCACAAGGCGUUCAAUUUUGUUCAAAAUUACAGCGCGCCAUGUUGCGCCCCAUCUGACACUAUUACUAUUAUAUACACAUAUACAUAUUGUAUAUAUACAUAUACACACCUGAAUCUAUAUAUACAACCCUCAAGGAUGGAAGAGAUCGGAAAAUAGAUAUUAUACACCUAUUUAUACUAAUUCAGAACUACAAACCAAAAUUUCACUCAAUAGAAAUUCACUUUCGCUUUAUCACGUUAGAUGAAAUAAUCUGCAAACAACUCCAUAUGGACUUUUUAGAGAAUUCCUCUAUUAUAUUAUAUAAAUAUAAAUCUCAAAUAUACAUAAUCAAUUUUUUAACUUUUAUUCUGAAUUCUACAGAGUUGUUUGUGAUAUUUUAUCCAAUAAAGAUAAAAGUUGUUAUCAUUUUGAAAGAAAGAUGUUAAUAAUUGUAAUUCUUGAGAAGUGAAGAAAUGUGACGAAAUUUUAUUUUUGAAGAAAGGUACCUAAGAAGCAAACGAUUCAUUACAUUUUUAUUUUUUUGUUACAUUUAUAAAAACUAGUUUCGAAUUUACGUAUUUAAAAAAGGGAAAUUUAAUUUAAGCCUAAUUUUUAGGUUAUGUUUACAAAAUUUUUAGUAAAAACACAGAAAGAAAUUGUCUUUCUUCAUUUUUACUCAAGUAUUCUAAACAUAAAAUUUUUUCUUCUUAGCUACCAUUUUUUGGCGGCGUCACAAAAUUUCUUUAAUUGUAAAUAACAUUCUUUUUUAAAUUGCCACCAACCGUUUGGAAAGAUUUGAAAAAUUCCCUAAUUAAAAUUAUUUUAUAUUUUAUAAAUAUUAAUAUUUUUAAUUAAUAUUAAUUCGAAAUUUUAUUUUCGACGAGAAUUCGGAUCGAAAAUCGAAUCUUUCCAAAUGGGCCAGAGCAGUAUCGUAAAUAUCGCACAAAUGUUGAAAAAUGAAGAAAAAAAUGUUUGUCACGAGCAGUGAAGAAAGGUGGAUGAAAAAAAUUUUAGGUUAUGUUUGUAUUUUUCAAAUUCGUAAAAAUUAGACUUGGGGAAAAUGGAAAAUAAAACCGAAGUGAAGAAAGAGGAUUAAUACACAUUUGGUUUAAAUCAUUAGGUGAAGAAAAAAAGAAGAUAUUUUUUAUAUAAAUUUGUUUAAAGAAGAAAAGUUCUUUUUCUUUAAUUAGGAAAAAACGAAAAUUAAUUUCUAUAUUCAAAUAACUAAAAUCGAAUGAAUUUAAUUCAAUUAACUAUAUUACUUCAAUUAGCUAUAAAUCCAUCACAAACAUAACCUAUAAUUCAGAGGCUAGAGUGCACCUUUCUUCAGUGCCGCUAACAUUUUAAAAUUCGUUGAAUUUUUCGAAUAUUGAAACAAUGUUACAAAUAAUAAUAAUUGAAGUCCGAAAUUUAGCAACUUUUUCCAUUCUAACAAAAAAAAAACGAAAAACUAAAUUUUUCAUUUAGCUUAAGUGAAAAAAAAAAAUUUUCUUCUUUUAUCAGAAUUUUAAUAUAC